ACUGAAAAUUUAUCGAAAAUUUAUUCCAUAAAAAUUUCGAAAAUUGUGCGUGAAUGUGUGUGUGCCAGUGUUUUGAUUGCAAUAAUUUGGUUCAGGAAAGAGUUUCUCGUGAUUUUUCCCAUGAAAACAGACAAAUUCUCCCAAAAUGCUAUCAACAACACAGAGUGGAGUAUCUAUCGAUAGCCAGUGAUAUGAAGAGAUAGAGACAAAGUGAGAAUUUCUUGGUGUAAAUGUGUGGUAAAAGAGAAUGCCCUCGCAAGUGUCAAGUGUUGCAUGAUUGUGAAAAAAACCUGAGAUUAUUCCCUGGAAAAGAGAAAACAUCCCCCUUUUUUGAGUUCUCCAUCCACCCUUAUUUUGGUGUGUCAUCUCAUUCAGUUUAUGGGUUGUCGGAUAUCUAGUCAUGAUAGUGAUUCAUCACCGCCGGACACAAUGUUUCGUGCCAGCAAUUCUGACCAAGUCAAUUUUAAAGCACGACUGGAGAAGAAACUGUGUUUGGCUCGAGAGACCCCAGAACCUAUUUUUGACCUCAGCCAAUGCAAUCUGAAAGAGAUUCCCCAGGGUGUAUUUGUACUGUGUAAAGUUCUCCGGAAAGAGAGUCUUCUGCUCAGUGAGAACAAAUUACCAGCCCUUGUGUGUAGUGGAGGUUCCCUUGGGGACCUCUCUUUGCUCACAACACUCGAUUUAAGGUCCAACAGAUUCAGGAAACUCCCCGAUGAGAUCUAUAAAUUAGAAAAUCUCAGGGAACUUGUGGUAUCACAGAACCAAUUGACCACUCUACCUCCUACUCUCAAUCGUCUGAGGAAGCUUGAGUUCCUUGACAUUGCGGAGAACUGCCUUCAGUCGAUUGAACAAGUGUCUUGUAUGCUUCACCUCAGGAUUCUCAAUGUACGUGGGAAUCCUGGGCUUAGGACCAUUUCUCCACAAUUAGCCACAUGUGAGAGUCUUGUAGACUUUGUUCUGGAUGGCAAUACUGUAGAAGAUCCACCCAAGGAUGUAACUCAGCGUGGAACCCUGGCUAUCUUGCAAUAUCUCGCCACGGGAUUGCCACCUGAAGGGGAAUUCACUGUGCCAGACAGCCCCGUAGAAACAGCUGUAGCUGCAACUGAAGACUUUUUAGCCGGUGAACGUGGAAUGACCAGGAAUUUCACUGAACGCGAUGAGAGACAGCGCCUAGAACGAUUUAUGCAGCUGGAAAAGGAGGCACUGGAAAAAGAUCAGGAAUUGGAAGCAAAGUUGCAUAUGCAGCAACAAAAGAAGCGUGAGGAAUUGCUCAAAGAACUGCUACAUCAGCAGACAGAAUCAGACCAGAAAGUUGCCCAGUUGCAGCAGGAGAAAGAAGUCGAUCGGAAUCGCCUGAUAACGGACAUCCUGCGCGAAGAAGAACGAUGGAGUGGAAUUAUGGACAAGCUUAUCUCACUGAAAGGUGCUCCGGAUCCUGCUCUCCUGGAGCAGGAACGUCUAGAGCAGGAGAAAUUGCUAGAACAAUUGCGAAUACAUCAGAGUGACCUGAGGAAGCAAGAGAUUCUCAGUGCAAUGACAGAUUUACUGACCAAUGAAGUAAAUCGUGUGAUAAAUUACCAAGAGAAGCGAGAUGAAGCCUCACGGGAUGUUCUGGCCAGAGAAUGUGCAACAAAUGACAUCCUCGAAGAAGUUUUUAAGAAUCACAGCAACGACAGAAAACAAAUUGUCACGGAAAUCAAUCGUGAUGAGGAACUCCAGAAGGCAGCUGUUGCUACGCUCAUUUCCAAGAAUGAUGCACGUAGUUGGGGUCUUGUUGAGCAAUUGCGCAUUGUGGAGGGUCAACUAGCUGCAAUGAGUGUGUUUGAGAUGGAGAAAAAGAAGCUGGCUACUGAAGAACAAAUUCAGGAUUUGGCUGAGAAACGUCUCAAUUUAACUCUGAUCCUUGUGGAUUUACUUGGACAACAGGAGCAACGUAGGCAACAACUUCUGGAUACUCUGGCAUUUAUGGAGAAUUCUCGCAAUGACCGUCAAGACUUCUGGCUCCUUCACUAUCAACGACUCUUAGAUGCUCAGCCGGAAGAAUUGGAAUUCCAUUCUGUUGAUCCUCUUCUUGGCUAUAACUUCCUCCUGAACGGUGUCGUUCACUGUUUGCCUUUCCUAUCGCGUCUCUGGCACAAUAAAGCCAUAGCCAUUGAAAACAUCACCGAGGAUGAUCUUAUUGAGGCUGGAAUUAAGAAGGAGAAAGAUCGAGAAGGAAUCAUCAAGUCCAUUCGUGAUUUUGUCGCCUCAUCGCGACUCGGAGACGAUGAUGAUCUUCAGAAACCUACUGCUCCAUCAAGAAGUGAAUCAGAGGAGAGUCCCCAAAAGUCUCUAGAGUCUGAAGGAGCCGCCAAGACAGAGAACAGUGGAUCUGAAUUCCAGGAAGCCACGGCUGAAUGUGUUAUUUGCAUGGAUGAAAAGGUCGGCAUCAUCUUCAUUCCAUGUGGUCAUCUGUGCGUCUGUUCUGGAUGCCAUCAAAGUGUGGCCAACUGUCCAAUGUGUCGAGCUACCAUAGAUCAAAGAAUUCGCGUGAUUCAACCCUGAGAAGGUAACAAAACUCAUAAGUUAAACUUUCAAUUAUAUCACAUCAACUACUUUUCAACUGAAAUUCUUUUAUAAAACAAAACAAAAAAGUGCGCUUCAGAACGAAACAAAAUCCAUUUAUAUCGCUCUCAAAAUUCACAAACAAAAACAAACAUUACAAUUCAGCAUAUUGUCAACUCAAAAGAUUUUUAUCGCAAAAUUUAGCUGGAAAAAUUUUACAGAUUUUACUGAAUAAAAUCAAAUCAUAUAGAAAAAAAUAUCCUCAAGAUUUUUAACUCAAAAAAGGAGUUUUUAACAUUUUUUAUUGUUAUUAAUCACGAUGGGGGGCCUUAAAUUGGUGGUUUUUGCAUGUCGUCGCAAACUUUUUCACACUAUUCACCUCUUUAAAAAAAAAAAACAAAAUAGAAAAAUAAUAGACACAUUUUCCAAAGAUACUCUUGUGAGAAGAUUUAUACAAAAGAAAAAAGAAAACGUUGAAUAAAUGAUUAAUAUUUCGAGUGAUUCAAGGAUGUUUUAUGCACGAUAUUUUAUUCAUAUUGUUUUAUGUAUUACCCAAAAUGUUGACAAUUUACUCUCAUUCUUGUGCCAUUCGAUUGAAAAAAAAUUAUGUUUGAGAAUAAAUAAUGAGACAAA